AUGGAAGAUGUUGAUUACUUAUCUUUGACAGCACACUUUAUUGAUGAUGAUUGGCAAUUAAAGAAGAAAGUUCUGAAUUUUAUAAUGGUUGACCCUUCUCAUACAGAAGACAUGCUUUCAGAAGUUAUCAUGACAACAAAUAUUAUUAAAUUGAUGGUUCAAUAUGCCUUGGAAGCACUGUUGGAGGUAACCCAUAAGAUUCGGGAAAGCAUUAAGUAUGUUAGAAGUUCACAAUCAACACAGGAAAAGUUCAACGGGAUGGUUCAUCUUGUGAGCAUUGAUAGUCAGAAGUGCUUGUGUGUUGAUAAUUCAACACGAUGGAACUCAACAUAUUUCUUGGUUGAAGCUGCUUUAGUGUAUAAAGAUGUGUUUUCUCUUCUGCAAGAACAUGAUCCCAUUUACACAUUGUGUCCAUCUGAUAUAGAGUGGAGCAGAGCAAGUGCCAUUACCGGCUAUUUGAAGCUCUUUGUUGAGAACUCGGAUACUUACCUUAGUUCUCUAGCCUUGAAGAUGAAAAGUAAAUUUGAUGAAUAUUGGAAGAAGUGCAGCUUGGCUUUGGCAGUUGCAGCAAUAUUAGAUCCUCGGUUCAAGAUGAAGUUGGUAGAGUAUUAUUAUCCUCAAAUUUAUGGCAUGAGUGCUUCUGAUUGUAUUGAUAUUGUUUCUAAUUGUAUGAAAACACUUUACAAUGGGCAUGCCAUUUGCUCCCCAUUAGAUUCUCAUGGUCAAGGCUUGUCUUGUCAAGUAGGCGGUGAUGGUGGGGGUGGUAAUGAAUCUAGGGAUAGACUGACGGGCUUUGACAGGUUCCUCCAUGAAACUUCACAGAGCCAAAACACAAAAUCAGAUUUGGACAAAUACUUGGAGGAACCACUUUUUCCUCACACUGUGGAUUUCAGCAUUUUAAAUUGGUGGAAAGUUCACACACCAAGGUAUCCCAUUCUAUCUAUGAUGGCCCGCAACAUUUCGGGAAUUCCCAUGUCAAAAGUUUCAUCGGAGUUUGCAUUCAACACUGGAGAUCGAAUGCUUGAUCAUUACCGGAGUUCACUGAGAUCAGAUACUGUGCAAGCCCUAAUGUGUGCACAAGACUGGAUGCGGAAUGAACCUGAAGGUUAG